GUAUUUAGAGAAAGGAGCCCUGGUGGCGCAGUGUUUAAGAGCUUGGCUGCUAACCAGGAGGCUCGCAGUUUGAAUCCAGCACUUGUUCCUUGGAAACCCCAUGAGGCAUUUCUACUCUGUCUUAUGGGGUUGUUAUGAGUCGAAAUCAUCUCGAUGGCAAUGAGUUUUUAUUUUGGGGUUUUUUAUUUGUUUCUUUGUUUAUUUAGAGAAAAGUAUUUGGAAAAUUAUAAAGAUUUACGAAUAUGACUGCACAUUCCAUUUUGAUUUACUUAUGUGUUAUUAAUAGUGAAGGAGAAGGAAUGGGAAAGCUAGAUGUGAAGACAUGGCCAAUUUCAGGUCAUCUCAUUUCCCGUGUUAUCGGAGAUGCAGAUGUGUUCAAAUAUUCAUUCAUUAGAUAUUUCCUGAGUGUCGCAUCUGUCCAGGGCACUCUGCUAAGGUCUCUGAGGCUUUUGGUGAUGGCUAAGAAAUAGUUCCUGACCACCAGGAGCUUACACAUGCAUACACUGUUCUAAUAUAUAGGGCAGGCAUAUAUGCUUCAUUUCAUGAGCAAACUCAGAUGGAUUGCUGGUGGCCUCCUGGAGCUCUGAAUCGAGAAGAAUUCUGAGACAGCCUGGGGAUGCAGUGGAAAAUAAAAGCAUUAUCACUUAGCAAUGUUUGCUGUGGCGUGGGAGGUGAAAUAAGCAGUACUGAGGUCCCCUCUGAGGCAGGAAGUGUCAUAAGAGAGGUACCGCUGAUGAGUCCUGUGAGUUUCAAGGAAGGAACAAAUUACUUUUUACAGGGGAGAGAUUUUGAAGGACAGGUGAAAUGAGAACAUGCAGGACUAGAGUGCGGAAUAGGGAAGCUGCAGCCAUGACGACUCACGUCACCCUGGAAGAUGCCCUGUCCAACGUUGACCUGCUGGAAGAGCUGCCCCUCCCUGACCAGCAGCCAUGCAUCGAGCCUCCGCCCUCCUCCAUCAUGUACCAGGCCAACUUUGACACGAACUUUGAGGACAGGAAUGCAUUUGUCACAGGCAUCGCAAGGUACAUUGAGCAGGCUACAGUCCAUUCCAGCAUGAAUGAAAUGCUGGAAGAAGGGCAUGAGUAUGCGGUCAUGCUGUACACCUGGCGCAGCUGUUCCCGGGCCAUCCCCCAGGUGAAAUGCAACGAGCAGCCCAACAGAGUGGAGAUCUAUGAGAAGACAGUGGAGGUGCUGGAACCAGAGGUCACCAAGCUCAUGAAGUUCAUGUACUUUCAGCGCAAGGCCAUCGAGCGGUUCUGCAGUGAGGUGAAGCGUCUGUGCCAUGCCGAGCGGAGGAAGGACUUUGUCUCCGAGGCCUACCUCCUGACCCUGGGCAAGUUCAUCAAUAUGUUCGCCGUCCUGGACGAGCUGAAAAACAUGAAGUGCAGCGUCAAGAAUGAUCACUCUGCCUAUAAGAGGGCGGCGCAGUUCCUGAGGAAGAUGGCGGACCCCCAGUCUAUCCAGGAGUCCCAGAACCUCUCCAUGUUCCUGGCCAACCACAACAGGAUCACCCAGUGUCUCCAUCAGCAACUGGAAGUGAUCCCUGGCUAUGAGGAGCUGCUGGCUGACAUUGUCAACAUCUGUGUGGAUUACUACGAGAACAAGAUGUAUCUGACCCCCAGUGAGAAACACAUGCUCCUCAAGGUCAUGGGCUUUGGCCUUUAUCUGAUGGAUGGAAAUGUCAGUAAUAUUUACAAACUGGAUGCCAAGAAGAGAAUCAACCUUAGCAAAAUUGACAAGUUCUUUAAGCAGCUGCAGGUGGUGCCCUUAUUCGGCGACAUGCAGAUAGAGCUGGCCAGAUACAUUAAGACCAGUGCUCACUAUGAAGAGAACAAGUCCAAGUGGACGUGCACCCAGAGCAGCAUCAGCCCACAGUACAACAUCUGCGAGCAGAUGGUGCAGAUCCGGGAUGACCACAUCCGCUUCAUCUCCGAGCUCGCUCGCUACAGCAACAGUGAGGUGGUGACAGGCUCUGGGCUGGACAGCCAGAAGUCAGACGAGGAGUACCGCGAGCUCUUCGACCUGGCCCUGCGGGGCCUGCAGCUUUUAUCCAAGUGGAGCGCCCACGUCAUGGAGGUGUACUCGUGGAAGCUGGUUCACCCCACAGACAAGUUCUGCAACAAGGACUGCCCUGGCACAGCAGAAGAGUAUGAGAGAGCCACUCGCUACAAUUACACCAGUGAGGAGAAGUUCGCCUUCGUAGAGGUGAUUGCCAUGAUCAAAGGCCUGCAGGUGCUCAUGGGCAGGAUGGAAAGUGUCUUCAACCAGGCCAUCAGGAACACUAUCUACGCGGCCCUGCAGGACUUUGCCCAGGUGACUCUGCGAGAGCCCCUGAGGCAGGCAGUACGGAAGAAGAAGAACGUCCUCAUCAGUGUCCUGCAGGCAAUCCGGAAGACCAUCUGUGACUGGGAGGGGGGCCGAGAGCCUCCCAAUGACCCGUGUUUGAGAGGGGAGAAGGACCCCAAAGGUGGCUUUGACAUCAAGGUGCCCCGGCGUGCAGUGGGGCCCUCCAGCACACAGCUGUACAUGGUGCGGACCAUGCUGGAAUCUCUCAUAGCAGACAAAAGCGGCUCCAAGAAGACCCUGAGGAGCAGCCUGGACGGACCCAUUGUCCUUGCCAUCGAGGACUUCCACAAGCAGUCCUUCUUCUUCACGCACCUGCUCAACAUCAGUGAAGCCCUGCAGCAGUGUUGCGACCUUUCCCAGCUCUGGUUCCGAGAAUUCUUCCUGGAAUUAACCAUGGGCCGGCGAAUCCAGUUCCCUAUUGAGAUGUCCAUGCCCUGGAUUCUAACAGACCAUAUCCUGGAAACCAAAGAACCUUCCAUGAUGGAAUACGUCCUCUACCCUCUGGAUCUAUACAAUGACAGCGCCUACUAUGCUCUGACCAAGUUUAAAAAACAGUUCCUGUACGAUGAGAUCGAAGCUGAGGUGAACCUGUGUUUUGAUCAGUUUGUCUACAAGCUGGCGGAUCAGAUCUUUGCUUACUACAAAGCCAUGGCUGGCAGUGUCCUGUUGGAUAAACGUUUUAGAGCUGAGUGUAAGAAUUAUGGCGUCAUCAUUCCAUACCCACCGUCCAACCGCUAUGAAACGCUGCUGAAACAGAGACACGUUCAGCUGUUGGGUAGAUCGAUUGACUUGAAUAGACUUAUCACCCAGCGCAUUUCUGCUGCCAUGUAUAAAUCCCUCGACCAGGCCAUCAGCCGCUUCGAGAGUGAGGACCUGACCUCCAUCGUGGAGCUGGAGUGGCUGCUGGAGAUCAACCGGCUAACACACCGCCUGCUGUGUAAGCACAUGACCCUGGACAGCUUCGAUGCCAUGUUCCGGGAGGCCAAUCACAACGUGUCUGCCCCCUACGGCCGCAUCACCCUGCACGUCUUCUGGGAGCUGAACUUCGACUUCCUCCCCAACUACUGCUACAAUGGAUCCACGAACCGUUUUGUCCGAACCGCUAUUCCUUUCACCCAAGAACCGCAAAGAGAUAAACCCGCUAAUGUCCAGCCUUAUUACCUCUAUGGAUCCAAGCCACUCAACAUUGCCUACAGCCACAUCUACAGCUCCUACAGGAACUUCGUGGGUCCCCCCCACUUCAAGACCAUCUGCAGACUCCUGGGCUACCAGGGCAUUGCUGUGGUCAUGGAAGAACUGCUGAAGAUUGUCAAGAGUUUGCUCCAGGGAACCAUUCUCCAGUACGUGAAAACACUGAUAGAAGUGAUGCCCAAGAUAUGUCGCCUGCCUCGGCAUGAGUAUGGCUCCCCAGGGAUCCUGGAGUUCUUCCACCACCAGCUGAAGGACAUCAUUGAGUAUGCAGAGCUCAAAACGGAUGUGUUCCAGAGUCUGAGGGAGGUGGGCAACGCCAUCCUGUUCUGCCUCCUCAUAGAGCAAGCUCUGUCCCAGGAGGAGGUCUGUGAUUUGCUCCAUGCCGCACCUUUCCAGAACAUCUUGCCUAGAGUCUACAUCAAAGAGGGGGAGCGCCUGGAGGUCCGGAUGAAACGCCUGGAAGCCAAGUAUGCCCCACUUCACCUGGUCCCUCUGAUAGAGCGCCUGGGAACCCCUCAGCAAAUCGCCAUCGCUCGGGAAGGUGACCUGCUGACCAAGGAGCGGCUGUGCUGCGGCCUGUCCAUGUUCGAGGUCAUCCUGACACGCAUCCGGAGCUACCUGCAGGACCCCAUCUGGCGAGGCCCUCCGCCCACCAACGGUGUAAUGCACGUGGACGAGUGUGUGGAGUUCCACCGCCUGUGGAGCGCCAUGCAGUUCGUCUACUGCAUCCCCGUGGGCACCAAUGAGUUCACGGCAGAGCAGUGUUUCGGAGACGGCUUGAACUGGGCUGGCUGCUCCAUCAUUGUCCUGCUGGGCCAGCAGCGUCGCUUCGACCUGUUUGACUUCUGUUAUCACCUGCUAAAAGUACAGAGGCAAGACGGAAAGGAUGAAAUCAUUAAGAAUGUGCCCCUGAAGAAGAUGGCGGACCGCAUCAGAAAGUACCAGAUCUUGAACAAUGAAGUAUUUGCCAUCCUGAACAAGUACAUGAAGUCUGUGGAGACGGACAGCUCCACCGUGGAGCAUGUGCGCUGCUUCCAGCCACCCAUCCACCAGUCCCUGGCCACCACCUGCUAGGUAGAAGGCCCUGUAGGCCCUCAACCUGGAGGAAGAGGAGAAGCAGGAGUGAGAACGCCACAGCCAGCCCACAGUAGGGUCCAACUGGACAGCGUAUGGGAUGGACUACAACCAAACAAGAACCUCCCCAAGCCCAUCCCCACUGCUCCCAAGGGUGGGCCUGUGCAUGUUCUCCCAUGACAUCUCCAUGGUGGGUUUCCAUAGUGCAAAUGAAAAAAAAAAAAAAGAACAGGGAAGUAUGUGCUUUUUCUUUUUUUCCUCUGCUGUGCUAAGAGCCUGUAGCAUCAUCCUUUCCCCAUCCAGUGGCCCCCCUCCACAUCUUUGGUUGCUUCCCAAGAUCUCCCAAGAUGGUGACCUCCAACCCAGUACCCAUGUGUGACCCCGGGCCUGACGUCUCAGUGAUCAAGGAAAGGGCACAGCCGUUCUCAGAUGUCAGCAGGCCAGUGGGCAUGCCUCAGCUUACUGGCAUCAUCCUCUCUGCUGGCUCCCAUGCCUCCAGCUCCCUGGGUGGCACCUUUUCCUGCUCUGGGGAUUCCACUGCCAAGCACGCUCCUGGAUUAGGUGAUGCAAACACAGUGAACAGAGGAGGAGGUUCUUGGUACUUGGUAUCGGCUCUGCCAUUUCAUAGACUUCCAGGAGCUACAUCCUGACUCCCUCUCAGGGCAAUCCUAGAGAGAACUCAAAUUCAUUUACAAGUGUAUCCCACUGAGUAGAAUUGGGAGUAGGAAGAUGGUCAGGCCUGCUGUGAGGAAGCAAUGUUUAUGAACACAGCCAGGAAUUCCAUAGCCCGAAGAAGAAAGCUUUUAGGUCAUCUCAACAGCUUGCUGAUGAGGCCAUUUUUUAAUUCAUUAAGCAAAUGCUUAGAGGGCAUCAGGCCACACAAGGUCAUCAUGGAUACAGAGCUGAAUAAGGCAGACAUGGCACUGCCCAUAGCAUUGACCAGUAAACAAAUUAGCGGCUUCCUCUUUGCCAGAAUCCUCCAUCAAAACAAACUCCCAAGAGAAAGAAAAUAUUAAGCCAUUAUUUUAACGUGAACAGAGAGGUAAGGGGUAUAAAUACUAGUCACUGAGCUUCUAAUACCCAGAAGUAACACCAGGAGGGGACCUGUCUUAGUAAAUGAGAACUUUCAGUGUCCUAGAAGCCAGAAGAGCCAACUUCCUCUUUUCUAAUGUUCCUUAGAGUUUGGGGGUAUGGAUUCUACUCCUGUUUCUCAGGUUGAGCCAGAAUUCCCCUGCAAAAUCUCCCACCAAGCCUGGGGAAACUGUUUAGAAGGAGAGAAGUCUUUGGGAAGUGAAUGUCUCAUUCAUGACAGAGCACAUCAUCAUCAAGGAAAGUCUGUGUCCCUGAGCUUUGAAGAACAUAUAUAGUGUCACAUGUAAUAUUUCUCUCCCCAGCCCAGGGAGAAAACAGGAAAAAAAAAAAAAAAUGGUAAUACCCUCCCCCCAGGGCAGAUGGGUCAUUUGUAACCCAUGGAAGGAGCAAAGGAAGGGCCCAUAGCAAGAGGUUUGUGUAACACACUCAUGCGCACCAGUGAGAAAGAGAUGGGGCUCUCCACAGGGGAAUCCAGAGGCCUCCUACAGCAGAACUUCCUGAGAUUAGCAAAUUUAAAUGGAGAUUCCUGGGCCCCUUCUCAUACCUACUAAUUCUGAAUCUCUGGGGGUAGGUCCGAGGAAUCCACACUUCCCACAAGCUAUCUGUGUUAUUCUGCUGCGUGUGGAAGUGAGAACCACUGCUGUAGAGGAAUCAUUCUGCUAACUGUGGGCUUCGGGCUACCUCUGAGCCAGGAGGCAAGACUUUCAUAGGGAAGGAAGGUGGUUCCAAGGGGAAGCUGGCAGAUCCCCCUUGAAUGUUGCUUUGUGGAGAGUUGGAUGGCUCACUCCGAAGAGAUUGCUAUUGCAACAGCUCAUCCCCAUCCCCGUCCCCCCAACCUAGAUUUAUGACCCCGAAUUUGACCCUCUGGACAGAACCACAUCAUCCUCAAGAGACUUGAUCCCAGUAAGUUGAGGUCUUUACUUUCAGGAGGGAGAUUUCAUUCCCCCGGCUUGCCAGCAGCACUUAUUUAUGAAUACUGAGGAGGUUUAAUAUUCUUUCCUCACCGGCAUUACUGCCUUUUUUAUUUUUUGUGCGUGUUCAAGAACUAGGAAAAAAAAUGCUUAAGUUUUAAAAAGUUAAUUAAAGAAUCUGUUUCAGAAACUGUCAAAUGUACCAUAUUUGUAUUAAGAGUUGUUGGGGACUUUUGUACAAUGAAUCUACAUUUAUUUAUGGUGACUUAUAUUUACGCUUGUGAUCAAAUAAUGAUGUUAAAUUCUUAAAUCAUAUUUGCUAUGCAGCUGAAGAUAUUUUGAUUUGUAUUUUUGGGGUACCUGUGUUGAGUUGAUAAACAUUUCCAUCUCCAUUAAAAUUGCUUCAAAAUUCGUGAAACCAGCAUCUUGAUCUUGAUACCUGGUCCUAUUGCAAUCAUUGCUAAUUUGCGGAAGGCCACAUUAAUGACUGAGAAAACAAAGAGAAUGGAAAAAGAUAACAGGCCAGUACACCCUAAACUAACGGCUUAUCUUGUUUUCUCACUGGGGAAAUUACAUCUGUACAAAUUAAUCAGCCCUGAGCCAGAUACAGAGAUAGUUCCUGCCCUUGGCAAUUUCUUAGUCUUGCUGUGGUAACUAUACACCUCAGGUCCCUAGUUUUACAAGGAAGAAUGGGAACUGCUAUUUAAUGAGGCCGAAUGCAUGCGAACUCAUAGUGACCGUAUAGGAUAGAGUAGAACUGCCCCAUAGAGUUUCUAAGGAGCGCCUGGUGGAUUCGAACUAUUGACCUUUUGGUUAGCAGCUACAGCACUUAACCACUACGCCACCAGGGUUUCCAAAUACAGGGUCGCUAUGAGUGAGAAUCAUCUCGACGAGAAAGAGUUUGGGUUUUGGUUUUUAAUGCAUGCCGAAGGAGCCCUGGUGGCAUGAUGGUUAAGUGCUCAGCUACUAACCAAAAAUUUGGUGGUUUGCAGUACAGGAAAGGUCAGCACAACUGGACUAAACCAAAAGCAGUUUCCUGAAUAAACUGAAUGCUUCAAAGGCCAGUGUGGCAGGGGUUUGGGGACCAUGGUUUCAGGGGACAUCUAGGUCAAAUGGCAUAAUAAAAUCUAUUAAGAAAAUAUUAUGCAUCCCACUUUGGUGAGUGGCGUCUGGGGCCUUAAACGCUAUCAAGCAGCCAUCUAAGAUGCAUCAAUUGGUCUUAGCCCACCUAGAGCAAAGGAGUAUAAAGAACAUCAAAGACACAAGGUAAUGAUGAGCCACCCAAGAGACAGGACCAGAGUUGUAAACUUUCACUUAAAGCACAAAAAUUAAAAGAAAAAAAAAAAAAAAUGGUGGUCUGAACCCACCAAGUGACUCUGCAGGAGAAAGACCUAGCAAUCUACUUCUUUAUAGAUUAAAGCCAAAAAAAAAAAAAACCCACCCAUGGAGUAGUUCUACUCUGUCACAUGGGGUCACUAUGAGUUGGGUUCAACUCAACAGUACCCAAUAACAAUAUGUACCAAGAGGGCAGUGGUGGUUCAGUGGUAGAAUUGUCGCCCUCCGGGGCUUUGAUUCCCAGCCAACGAACCUCACACAGAGCCACUACCCAUCUGUCAGUGGAGGCUUGUGCGUUGCUAUGAUACUGAACAGAUUUCAGCAGAGCUUCCAAACUAAGGCGAACUAGGGAAGAAGGCCAGGUUAUCUACUUCUGGAAAUCAGCCAAUGAAAACUCCACGGAUCACACCAGCUUGAUAGGCAGCCAGUCAUGAGGAUGGCCAGGACCAGGCAGCCUUUCAUUCUAUUGUGCAUGGAGUUGCCAUGAGUUGGGGGCCCACUGACAUCAGUAACAGCAUUGUGUGUCAGGCACCAUGCUAAAUUCUCUCCAUCUGUUCCUUUUACUGAACCACAGUCACCUGUGGCAUACUCCACAUUUUCCACAGAGGCUACACAGUAUGUUUAUUUCCGUACAGUCACUAAGUGACAGAGUUGGCAUUUGAACCCAGUUCCAAAGGCUGGGCUUUUGCUGUCACACCACAGUGGACGGUCAACCAGGCCAGACCCCAAAACUAGACCUGGGGGUUUGGCCACUGGACUUUUCAGGGACUUGGAUCUAUAAGACUGAGUACAUCCUGGCAUCAGGAGAUGGUUAGCGUGGUACCUGGGAAGUUCCCAAGACUGAUGGGAAAAGGCUGAUGCCCAGAAACUUUUCAAACCCAUCAGAAACACAUUUGCUAGAAGGAUGUGUUUAGUCCCAGCCUUGGAGUCUCACAUUUCACAUAGCACUGGCUUCCCUAAAGGCCACCCGCUGAGAGGAGUCCUAGGGCCAUUACUGACUCCCUACUCCUGUGACCUUAGGCAGCCCUCAGACUCUUGGGACCUUGGUUUCCUAGUCUACCAAGUUAGACACAAUAAUCCAAGACCCUUUCCAUCUCUGAUAUUCUGAUUGCUAGGUAAUUUCCAACUGGUUUAAUUCGAGAGGCCUGACUACUUUGCAUCCUCAAAAUCUCAGUAUGUCACAACCUCCAGGAAUUCUCAUGUUAGGGACCAUGUAUUUGAGCUAGUGUCACUGGGAAAAUAUUAGCCCUGAGCGAUGCUCAGUGAAAAAGGAUCCCUUGUUCAAAUACAUUUGGGAGAUGCCUCGUGCCCUUUCCAUUCCCGAAGAUCCACAGCCCUGUGAGAACUCCAGCAGGACCUAGUUAGCCUGUGUCAACACCACACCUCCUCCAUGGCUGUGACUUCAGAAACCCCUUCAUUAUCAUCUGUGGAAUAUACUAAAAAGCACUGGGUUAAGGGCAUGGAAGUCCGUGUUAAGAUGUAACAAACUCCCACAGGAGAAGGGCCACUGACACAGUGACAACACCUGUGUACAGUUAGGGAAGCAGGGAUUCACAAGUCAGGCACGUGGCAAAGUACCUAAGGAUUGUGGAUGGAAAUGGGGAACCAUCUUGAUGAAGAGAGAGAAUAGGGUAGCUGGGAAGAAUGCACCCCAGGGAAGAAAUUGUCUCUGGGAGCCUUGGAUUGGUUGAAGGCUGGGACACCAUGGCUUUGAGAAACACUUGUUGAACUCUCUCUGUUUGCAGACUAUACACGAUUCAAAAUCUGUGGUGAUCACUGACCAAAAGGAACUCACAGAGUUACAUGAGGGAUGAAACAUAAACACAUUGAACUAGAAAGCAAAGACUAUUGUGAGUCUAUAAUCAUCACCAGUAUUUAUUGAGCUUGCUCCAUGCUAGCCAUUAGAAACAAUGCUUUAUUCACUUAAACCUCAGAACAACUUUUAGGAGGUAAACCCAGUGCUGUCGAGUCGAUUCCAACUCAUAGCGACCCUAUAGGACAGAGUAGAACUGCCCCAUAGAGUUUCCAAGGAGCGCCUGGCGGAUUCAAACUGUCGACCCUUUGAUUAGCAGCCGUAGCACUUAACCACUAUACCACCAGGUUUAGGAGGUAGGUACUACUAUUUACUCCAUUUUCCAGAUGAAGAUACUGAGGCAGAGGUUUUACAGUUGGUAAGGGAUGGAACUAGAAGCCAAAGUCUGGGAAGUCUGGAUCCAGGUUCAGGUUCUUAACCACUAAGCAAGUAGCACUAUGCUGUGCCAGGUCUCUAUCCUACAGGAUCCCAAGAGAGGGGCACAUCACAUUUGGGGAGAUCUGAGGGAGUCCUUCCAGCUGAAGUAAGAUGGAGAGGGUGAGGCAUUAUCAGGGAGCCCUUCAUGGAAGAGUUUCCAUAUGACUCUAAACUUAAAAAACGGUAAUUUGAACACGCGGAGAUGGAGGAGGGAGCAUGGGAGCACCAAGAGGUUGAAAAGUAGUAAUCUGCCUACAUCAAAUGUUGUCUGAGAGAUGGCCUUGACCGUUACAGGCUUAGAUUCAAGACAAAAGUGCUCCUUUUCUGAGCCCCAUAACUUGAAUGUCAUACAAAACAAAUUUCUUAAAGAACACUGGACAUCUCUGUCACUCCAGGUCUGAUGCUCAGUGCUGGCUCAGCACAACCUCUAAUCAGACAUUAGCUCUGGGACUAACAUGUUCAGGCCCCAGGGUAAUUGUUUUCCUUAUCUCUUGCCCUGUCCUUGAAAUGAAAGGCUAUUGUGUCCAUGUGCAAUGAAGUUUGUGAAUUGUGCUACACUGUUAGUAGACAUGAGCUCUACUUGAACUGUGGGGAGGUUUGAGCUUUGGAGGCACAUAGGUAAGAAAAAAGUAACAUUAACGAGCUUGUCAAAGUCUUCCUCUCAGCCUGAACGCGUUAGGUUCUUGUGUAAUGAAGUAUCAUUUUUUGGUAGAGCCAAAAAUCCAUUUUCUUCCUUUUUUUCAUAUUCUAUUUCAUAGCUCAGGAGGUAUUUACAAAUUAGAGCAUUGUUCACAACAGUUACACAUGAUGGCUGGGAAACAUUUUGCAAUAAUGCUCUCAAUACAUAUUACUAUUAAAUAUAUAUAUAUAUAAACCCAGUGCCGUCAAGUUGAUUCCGACUCAUAGCGACCCUGUAGGACAGAGUAGAACCGCCCCCAUAGAGUUUCCAAGGAGCACCUGGUGGGUUUGAACUGCCGACCCUUUGGUUCGCAUCCAUAGCACUUUAACCACUAUGCCACCGGGGUUUCCAAUAUAUAUAUAUAUAUGUAGGCCUGAUGUAACAUGCACAAAACCUGAUACCUGUUCUUCACCUUGGCAAGUAAAUGGGCUAGGAAUGUUGGAUUUAAAAUAGAUUUUUAUUAAAUAUAUUUUAAUGAUGUUUAAUUGCAUUCUCAAGUUGAUUUAAGUUCUCAUGAUUAAUUUAAUAAAUAUAUUAAUUUGAUAUUUGUUAACUAUAAUUUAUAUCUUCAUUUUUGAUCUUAAUAGAAAGUUUUGAAUACUUUAGAAGAAUAAAUUUUAUGAAAACAUUUAAAAUCUAUUUUUAUCAUGUUUAAUUUAGAUUUUUAAUGAAAGUAUAUUCGAAUUGUGUACAUUUUGAUUGGAAUUAUCAGGCUGAAUUAUAUGAAAUUGUAAUAUUUGUAGGUUAGAAAUGAUCGAAUGUUGGCAAUUUCAUAUCUUCAACCUUAUACAUUUUAUUUUCUAAUUCUUAGAUCAUUGAGAAUGAGCAGACGAUAAGAUCACAUGCAACACAUUAGAACCGAGAAAAAGCCAAAUAAACAGAAAUCUAUAGUAUUUAACCAAAGCAAGUCUAUGCCUAAUAGAAAUGUAAUAUACGUACUUAAAACAAUACUGUGUUUAAAUAUUUAACCAAACAAUGAUGCUUUUGGUGACAUUACAAAACAAUAAAAAACAAAAACAAAAAAAACUGUUGCUGACAAGUUGAUUCCAACUCAUAGAGACCCUCCGUAUAGAACAAAGUAGAACCGCCUCAUGGGGUUUCCAAGGAGCAGUUGGUGGCUUAGAACUGUUCACCUUUUGAUUGGCAGCCAAGCUCUUAACCAGUGUGCUACAAAACAAUAUUUACUAAAAAUAAUGAAAAAUGUCUAGGUUUAAUUUUAAAGAUCUGAAAAUUGAUGCUAAAAUAGUCAAACAUUCAAGAAAAGUAAAAAAUAAUGAAUACUAUCUAGGAAUGAGAAUUGAAAAUGAGAUUAAUUUAAUGGGUGAUAGAAUGAGAGAAGAUAUCAUACAUGCUUUUUAAGUGUAAGUAUUAUUGAAUAUAACUGUAAUAGGGAAAAAGAUCAUGUUAUAUUACCAAAAUUUACUAUGCAUAUUGUUAACAGUGAAGUAGAAAUUAAUCAGCAUUUAAUUUGUUCUUUACCUGUUAUGAAAAGCACAGGUUUUGACUUCAGAGAAGAACAAAAACAACUUUCAACAUUUUUAGACAUUUAUUUAAAAGAUUGUCAGGGCAAGACUGUGAUAAUGACAUUAACUGUUAGCCAAAAUCUGAGCACUUCUUUGUUCCAUAGUUUGAAUUUGUUACUUGGAGACAAGGUGAAAACAGCACCUCUAAUGAUGUCAUUUUUUGGAACAAAAGGGGGCUAUGUACAAUAUUUUCUGGGUCUGCUCAAUGAUAGAACACAUCAGAUUUCACAUUAUAACCACUUUCAAACACUUGGGCUUGCUGACGACAUGCUGUUAAAACAAUUAGGUUUAAUUUAGACAAGAUAUACAAUGCACUAAAAGAGUUAAAGCAGAAGACCCUCAAAUAAAGAAUGAAUUUUGAUCUUAGGGAAAAAUAAAAUUAAUUUUGCAUUUGUACUAACUCAGUUAUUUGGUAUGUCAGUUUGUCGUACUCUGGGGGGUUGUGUGUUGCUGUGAUGCUGGAAGGUAUGCCAGAGGUACUCAGAUACCAGCAGGGUCACCCCUGGAGGACAGGUUUCAGCUGAGCUUCCAGACUAAGACAGACUAGGAAGAAGGACCCGGCAGUCUACUUCUGAAAAGCAUUAGCCAGUGAAAACCUUAUGAAUAGCAGCGGACUAUUGUCUGAUAUACUGCUGGAAGAUGAGCCCCCCCAGGUUGGAAGGCACUCAAAAGAUGACUGGGGAAGAGCUGCCUCCUCAAAGUAGAGUCUAUCUUAAUGAUGUGGAUAGAGUAAAGCUUUCGGGACCUUCAUUUGCUGAUGUGGCACGACUCAAAAUGAGAAGAAACAGCUGCAAACAUUCAUUAAUAAUCAGAACCUGGAAUGUACAAAGUAUGAAUCUAGGAAAAUUGGAAAUCAUCAAAAAUGAAAUGGAAUGCAUAAACAUCAAUAUCCUAGGCAUUAGUGAGCUGAAAUGGACUGGUAUUGACCAUUUUGAAUUGGACAAUCAUAUAGUCUACUAUGCUGGGAAUGACAACUCAAAGAGGAAUGGUGUUGCAUUCAUCGUCAAAAAGAACAUUUCAAGAUCUAUCCUGCAGUACAACGCUGUCAGUGAUAGGAUAAUAUCCAUACGCCUACAAGGAAGACCAGUUAAUACGACUAUUAUUCAAAUUUAUGCACCAACCACUAGGGCCAAAGAUGAAGACAUAGAAGAUUUUUAUCAGCUGCUGCAGCCUGAAAUUGAUAGAACAUGCAAUCAAGAUGCAUUGAUAAUUACUGGCAAUUGGAAUGCAAAAGUUGGAAACAAAGAAGAAGGAUCAGUAGUUGGAAAAUAUGGCCUUGGUGAUAGAAACAAUGCCGGAGAUCGAAUGACAGAAUUUUGCAAGACCGACAAAUUCUUCAUUGCAAAUACCUUCUUUCACUGACAUAAACAGUGACUAUACACAUGGACCUCGCCAGAUGGAACACACAGAAAUCAAAUUGACUACAUCUGUGGAAAGAGACAAUGGAAAAGCUCAAUAUCAUCAGUCAGAACAAGGCCAGGGGCUGACUGUGGAACAGACCAUCAAUUGCUCAUAUGCAAGUUCAAGCUGAAACUGAAGAAAAUCAGACUAAGUCCACGAGAGCCAAAAUAUGACCUUGAAUAUAUCCCACCUGAAUUUAGAGACCAUCUCAAGAAUAGAUUUUUUGCAUUGAACACUAGUGAUCACAGACCAGACGAGUUGUGGAAUGACAUCAAGGACAUCAUCCAUGAAGAAAGCAAGAGAUCAUUGACAAGACAGGAAAAAAAGAAAAGACCAAGAUGGAUGUCAGAGGAGACUCUGAAACUUGGUCUUGAGCGUCGAGCAGCUAAAGCAAAAGGAAGAAUUCAUGAAGUAAAAGAGCUGAACAUAAGAUUUCAAAGGGCCUCUCGAGAAGACAAAAUAUUGUAACGACAUGUGCAAAGAGCUGGAGAUGGAAAACCAAAAGGGAAGAACACUCUUGGCGUUUCCCAAGCUGAAAGAACUGAAGAAAAAAUUCAAGCCUCCAGUUGCAAUAAUGAAGGAUUCCAUGGGGAAAAUAUUAAAUGAUGCAGGAGGCAUCAAAAGAAGAUGGAAGGAAUACACAGAGUCAUUAUACCAAAAGAAUUAGUCGAAAUUCAACCAUUUCAAGAGGUGGCAUAUGAUCAGGAACCGAUGGUACUGAAGGAAGAAGUCCAAGCUGCUCUGAAGGCAUUGGCGAAAACAAGGCUCCAGGAAUAUGGAAUAUCGAUUGAGAUGUUUCAACAAACAGAUGCAGCGCUGGAGGCGCUGGCUCAUCUAUGCCAAGAAAUAUGGAAGACAGCUUUCUGGCCACUAACUGGAAGAGAUCCAUAUUUAUGCCUAUUCCCAAGAAAGGUGAUCCAAUCGAAUGUGGAAAUUAGACAACAAUAUCAUUAAUAUCACAUGCAAGCAAAAUCCUCCUGAAUAUCAUUCAAAAAUGGCUGCAGCAGUAUAUCGACAGGGAACUGCCAGAAAUUCAGGCUGGUUCCAGAAGAGGACUUGAAACCAGGGAUAUCAUUGCUGAUUUCAGGUGGAUCCUGGCUGAAAGCAGAGAAUACCAGAAGGAUGUUUACCUGUGUUUUAUUGACUAUGCAAAGGCAUUCAACGGUGUGGAUCAUAACAAACUAUGGAUAACACUGCGAAGAAUGGGAAUUCCAAAACACCUAAUUGUGCUCAUGAGGAACCUUUACAUAGAUCAAGAGGCAGUUGUUCGGACAGAACAAGGGAUACUGAUUGGUUUAAAGUCAGGAAAGGUGUGCGUCAGGGUUGUAUUCUUUAACCAUACGUAUUUAAUCUGUAUGUUGAACAAAUAAUCCUAGAAGCUGGACUGUAUGAAGAAGAAUGGGGCAUCAAGAUUGGAGGAAGACUCAUUAACAACCUGCAUUAUGCAGAUGACACAACCUUGCUUGCUGAAAGUGAAGAGAACUUGAAGCACUUCCUAAUGAAGAUCAAAGACCACAGCCUUCAGAAUGGAUUACACCUCAACAUAAAGAAAACAAAAACCCUCGCAACUGGACCAAUGAGCAACAUCAUGAUAAACGGAGAAAAGAUUGAAGUUUUCAAGGAUUUUAUUUUACUUGGAUCCACAAUCAACAGCCCUGGAAGCUGCAGUCAAGAAAUCAAAACAGGCAUUGCACUGGGUAAAUCAGCUGCAAAGGGCCUCUUCAAAGUGUUGAAGAGCAAAGAUGUCACCCUGGAGACUAAGGUGCGCCUGACCCAAGCCAUGGUAUUUUUUAUCGCACCAUAUGCAUGUGAAAGCUGGACAAUGAAUAAGGAAGAAUGAAGAAGAGUUGACGCCUUUAAAUUGUGGCGUUGGCGAAGAAUAUUGAAUAUUGGACUGCCAAAAGAAGGAACAAAUCUGUCUUAGAAGAGGUACAACCAGACUGCUCCUUAGAGGCAAGGAUGGUGAGACUGCGUCUUACAUACGUUGGACAUGUUUUCAGGAGGGAUCAGUCCCUGGAGAAGGACAUCAUGCUUGGCAGAGUACAGGGUCAGCGGAAAAGAGGAAGACCCUCAACGAGGUGGAUUGACACAGUGGCUGCAACAAUGAGCUCAAGCAUAAGAACGAUUGUAAGGAUGGUGCAGGACUGGGCAGUGUUUUGUUCUGUUGUACAUAGGGUCGCUAUGAGUCGGAACCGACUCGACGGCACCUAACAACAACAACAUUGCAUACUAUUAAUAACACUACAAAAAAAAUCAAAGACAUCUAAGUUUGUCAAAUUUACUUCAAAAGGAUUAAAAAUAUUUUUGCAAAUUUGGGAGAAACUGGUUUUCCUAAAUGAAAAUGCAUAUGAAAUAUGCAGCAAAAAUAGCAUUCCAAUAAAAUAUAAGGAAAUUAAAACAAGGAAACAACAUUUAGCAUGACUAAGAAGGAGGUUAACAUACAAAUAAUCCCAAACUAAUUUUUUUAUAGUGUCUGGCCAUUAUAGGUCAAAAUACUGUCUUUAUCGAAGACAGGUCCUAACAAAUUGAGCCAUAAACUUCCAGAAUUGAACAAUUUGAGAGAACAAUUCAAGAAAUGAAUCUAUGAAUCUAGAUGUUGCUUUAAGAGACAAUAAAAAUUGCAGUAUAAAGGAUAGUAGUUCACAUAAUAAAAUAAGAAUAUUUCGUAAUAUUUUCUGUGAUAACACUAAUUAUAUGUGAUCCAUUACAAUAGUUAAGCAUAAUAUGUUAAAUGCAUGAUUCAUUUCUGAAUCUAAGUAUCCCUUCAAAAAUCUUACAAUUCCAGUUGCUACUUGUUGUCAGAGCUACUUGUCUCAAGUUGCUCUAACUUGAAAUUAAUUAAAAAAAAAAAAAAAGCAAA